AUGCAGCACAAAUGCCGAGCGGCCGCGAGCGAAGACGUCAACAACGCGACGCCAUUGUUACUUCACGCGUACACGCACGACAGUGUCCAAUCAGACUCGACCACCGACGAUCUGCGGAUGAAAAACGCUCCAGAGGAGUGCAAAGUCGUGGUCAAAACCGAGCCAGGUGUCGAGGCGUUGCCGCCGUCGUCGUUGACGGUAGUUUCUAAAAUCAGUACUCUUUGUUUGCAGGGCAAUGGUCCGUCGUUCGAGACCGAGGCUCCUGCAUUCGACUCGGUUCCACGUGCCUUUUCGAAUUCGAAUAGUCAAACCUACGAUACUGACUCAAGUAACACCAUGAGCGACAAUGACCCGGUACCAUUUUUAAAUUCACAACGUGUACCACUCCACGUCGUUUCGACGCACGACAAUUUGUUCGAACUUCAAGAUGGGACAAAAAAGACGCUGGCCAUGGUGAUGAUAUCCAAGCCCAACCCCCCGUCGCGUUACUUCCGCAUCCACCACCUUUGUCAAUAG